GCCAGCGGAGCAGCGGAAGCCGGAAGUGCCGCUGUGGCCGGUGCCGGGGCCGCGGCGCGGGGCUGGAUCGGGGCGGCCAUGGCGGGCGCGGGAGGCUGAGUGGGUGGCUGGGGGGCGGUGGUAGCGCCUGCGAGCCGGGCCCUGCCCCGCGAGGAGCCCCGUCCCGGCCAUGGCGGCGGCGGCGGGGGGCUCCAACUGGGGCCUCAUAAUGAACGUGGUGAACAGCAUCGUGGGCGUCAGCGUGCUCACCGUGCCCUUCUGCUUCCGCCAGUGUGGCAUCGUCCUGGGAGCUCUGCUGCUGAUUUUCUGCUCUUGGAUGACUCAUCAAUCCUGCAUGUUCCUGGUGAAAUCGGCCAACCUCAGCAAGCGCCGGACCUACCCUGGCCUCGCAUUUCAUGCCUAUGGAAAAGCAGGAAAAAUGUUGGUGGAAACAAGCAUGAUCGGGCUGAUGCUGGGAACUUGCAUUGCUUUCUAUGUUGUCAUUGGUGAUUUGGGCUCCAACUUCUUUGCCCGGCUGCUUGGAUUUCAGGUGUCGGGCAGCUUCCGGAUAGUCCUGCUCUUUGCUGUCUCGCUGUGCAUUGUCCUUCCACUGAGCCUCCAGAGGAACAUGAUGGCCUCUAUACAGUCAUUCAGUGCCAUGGCUCUGAUCUUUUACACCGUGUUCAUGUUUGUGAUUGUGCUGUCAUCCUUCAAGCAUGGCCUCUUCAGUGGGCAGUGGCUGCAGCGAGUUAGUUACACUCGUUGGGAGGGCAUUUUUCGCUGCAUCCCCAUCUUCGGCAUGUCUUUUGCCUGUCAGUCUCAGGUCUUGCCUACCUAUGAUAGCUUGGAUGAGCCGUCUGUUAAAAUCAUGAGCUCCAUAUUUGCUUCCUCCCUAAACGUGGUCACCACCUUUUACAUUACGGUGGGCUUCUUUGGCUACGUGAGUUACACUGAAGCCAUUGCUGGGAACGUCCUCAUGAACUUCCCUUCCAACCUUGUGACGGAGAUGAUUCGAGUGGGAUUCAUGAUGUCAGUAGCUGUGGGGUUUCCGAUGAUGAUCCUCCCCUGCAGACAGGCGCUGAACACCCUUCUCUUUGAGCAACAGCAAAAAGAUGGCACCUUCGCUGCAGGGGGUUAUAUGCCCCCACUUCGGUUCAAAGCCCUGACAUUGGCUGUUGUGUUUGGAACCAUGGUAGGAGGCAUCAUGAUCCCAAACGUGGAAACAGUCCUGGGCCUGACAGGUGCUACCAUGGGAAGCCUCAUUUGUUUCAUCUGCCCAGCUCUUAUUUACAAGAAGAUCCACAAGAAUGCACUUUGUUCACAGAUCAUCCUGUGGAUUGGUCUGGGAAUACUGGUUAUUAGUACGUACACCACCUUGUCUGCAACGGAGGAUGCCCCUGUGAAGACAGAAGCGGUGGGCUUGGAGCGUCUGGAUGGAAAGGAGAGCAGAAUUGACCCAGAUUCAGUCCAAAUCCCAGACCAGAACCCGGCAGUGGAGGAGGCGGAGGAUGACCGUGAUAAACUGAAGCUGGCAGAUGAGAAGGAGGAGAUGGAGCAGCCACAAAUCAAAGUGCCCAUGGAGGUACCCAAGAGAGAAGAGGAGAGAGGAAAGCCGGAGGAAAAAGUGCAGCUUGACCGUCCCGAUCAAGGGAUCGCCCUGCCCGUGGGGGAAGCGCAUCGCCAUGAGCCACCCGUCCCGCAUGACGAAGUGGUCGUGGACAUGGGGCGGGAGCAGGAGGAAUCCGAUGAGAGCAAGCUUGUACCCAAGGGAGAUAAUGACCGCCUGCUGAAGCCGGAGCUGGAGGAGCCAGUGGCGCUGAAUCCCCAGAAAGAGGCACUUGGCCCGAAACAAGGGAAGGAAGCGAUUGCUGAGAACCAACCGCGGGGAGGGACUGACAAGCCCGUUAAGAAUCCAAAGAACGUCCUGGAGGUGAUGGUGCAGCAGGAUGGCAGGCCGCCAUACAAAGAGCUGGAGCCAGACAAACAAGAGAUGGAAGCCAAGGCACACGCUGCUGUGCAGGACGGUGAGAAGAAAGCUGAGGCUGCAGGUGACGGGGAGAAAUCAAAGCUCCAGCUCCCCAGGAAAACGGAGGAGGCUGUGAAGUUCAUCGAGAAGGAAGGCGACCCUGGUGAAAAGCAGGAGCUGCCCCUUCUGGACAAAGUGGAUCAGCUGGAGCCAAGGGAGGCCCCAAAUGCUGAGGAGAAGCAACCAGAGGAUGCGGAGAGCAAGCUGGAGGAAGCAGGGCAGGCAAAAAUGCUUGAUCACAAUGUGCUGCUGCAGGUGAUCAAAGAACAGCAGGUACAGCAGAAGCAGCUACUGGACCAGCAGGCAAAGCUCCUGGCUGUAAUUGAAGAGCAGCACAAAGAGAUCCACCAGCAAAGGCAGGAGGAAGGGGGAGAGAAGAAGCCAAAGCAAGCAGAAAUACAGCAGGAGCCCGCUGUGCCCCCCGCCAAGAGCAAGGAGGACGAGAGCCUCAGAACGAAGCCUGAAGCUGCCGCAAAGCCACUCAGCAAGGAGCUGCGGGAGCAGCCUGCGCAGGGCCCGGGCUGGCAGCCGGCCGACUCCGUGGAGCAGCGCAGGGGGGCUGCGGCAAAGCUGGAACAGGCUGGGCACAAGCAUGAGAUUCCUGGGGCACUUUCUAAGGAGCGGAAGGUAUCGCAACAGGAGAAUGACAGAGCUGUUAAAAAUCCUGCAAAGAACUGGGAUCCCCUUCAUGGGGAUGCGCAACGCAUUCCAGCAGCCAGAAACCACCUAGAAAAGAAGCCCUUGGCGGAGGAUUUAGGAGGAGAUCAUGAAGCCAAAGCUGAAAGAGACGUCCAUGAGAAGAAGAAUUCCCUGAAAGCCGUGGAAGUAGCUACAGCUCCCAUCCAAAGAGAACAGCUAGGGGCUGCCAAAGUUCAGGGAGCAGCAGGAAAGAGCCUGGAAAGAGACUCAGGAAUAAACCUUAAAGCCAAAGUACUGAGUCAGGUGGAGCCCAGAGACCUGGCAGUUGUGCAGGACUCCUCCAGUAAACGGAUCGUGGCAGAAAGCGAGCAGCGCCCGCAGGAGCACCGGGGAGGUGCAGGCACGGAGGGAGUGGCGGGUGCUGGCAGGCGGCAGCCAGCCUCGCAGAGGGACCCUGCUGGCAACGCAGAGGGAAAGGAGGAAGCUCCACGGGAGAAUGUGGUGGACCAAGACCUGCAGGGAGGUGUGCGGAGCAAGCAGAGGCCUGGGGAUGGAGGCCUCUCCAAUGAUGCUGAGCAGAAGCCAGGCCCUGAAGAUGCCCAAAAGCUUGAGAAAGGAGCAGCUGCCCAGGGAGAGCAAAUGCUGGACCACGAAGUCAAACCAAACCGGGACCUGAAACUGCAGGCAGACCUGGACCUUCGCCGAAGGAGACGGGACCUGCUGCCUCCUGAGGAGGAGGAAGAGGAGGGGGCAGCUGCGCAGGGAGCGGGGGUCCUCAUUGGCCUGAACCCCCUUCCAGAUGUGAAAGUAAACGACCUCCGGAGCGCUCUGGAGACACGGUUAAACCGAGUCGCGGAGGGGGCUCAGCAGGUGGUCCACAGCCGGCAGAUCAAGCAGAUGACGCAGACGGACGAGAGCGUGUGAGCAGGGCGGUCGUGCUCGGUGGGUGGCUGCAGGCGUUGGCUGCGGCACAAGGCUGCGGAGCUCCCUGGGGAAGGGUCGCGUUCACCAGCUGGUUUUCUGGCCACCGUUGUUGGUCGAAGCCAGCAGCAUUUUGCUGGAUGCAGUGCUGAGACCUAUGGGAUCUGCUUGGACCUGCAAGCACCGCGGGCUCCUGGAGCCUCUGCACGUGCCUGCAGGUGGCUGACGAGACGGCAACCUUGAAAGAGAAGCUCCUGCUCUCCUCUGCCUUUCAAAGGUUGCCGUCUGCCUUGGUUCCCUGCCAGGCCAGUUUUCAAGGACGUUUUCCAACAUCUCGUUCAUAUCCAAUUGCCUUCUCCAUCUGGCUCUUGGCUCCCCACUCAGACCCGAGGUGGUCGUCCACGAGGUUCCCCUGCCUGUGGGGAGAGGCUGCCCUGGCACCUGCCCUGGGCUGCUUCACCCGGGCCCGGGGGCUGCGGGAGGAGGGGAACCAAGGGUUGUGCAUCUCGGGAAAGGCUUCCUUCUGGAGAAGCAUCAAGCCACUGGUUGAGGACCAGCUUAGACAGCUGCUUUGGUGUUUUCCUUGAAGCGGGAGCCGUUAGUCUGCAUGUUUAGGAGACAGCUGUGGUUUAGGAACCCAGUUUAGUAGAAAUGCUGCCUUAAACGGGCACAACGGCUGCUGUUGUGCUGCCUCUACUCCCAGGGAUUUCAUUGUUUGGCCACAUCCAAGCAAUAAUGCGGAGCUUGGCUCUCGCCGCCCUCCCCGGCUGCUCAGCUCCCAUCCAUGCUUUCAGGCCUGACUUCUGUCCCAAGUGCAUUACGAGGCUCAGCCGGGAGCUGCUGGCUGCUCCCUCCUCAGCCAGCCUGGUUUUUCUGCGAGGCGACUGAUUUGGUAGCAGAAGCCGUGGCUACGAGGGCGACUGGGGCUCAGCCCAGGCGUACCUACCUCUUCCCUCUGCACCGCGUGGAACCUGUCUGUCUGUGCAUCCCCCCCAGCCCUGUGUUUUACAUCCAUGGAUGUCCGUAUUCCACCCCUAGAAUUGCAUCUUAUUAGAGGGAGGAGUUGCUCUGGGAGCCCCGUUUUAGGCUCUGAGUUAUUCAUCCCUUCAUUUUUGUUUUCACAUCCUGACUUGCGAAUGUAAGAAUUCCGAUCCCAAAGCUCUCGCUGGAACGGCUGAAAUUCCCUAGCUGGAGCUUACAGACCUCAUCACUGUGGUGGUUUUAUAUCUGCAUCUCAAAGUGUCUUUGGUAAACCAGCCUUGUGGAGUUCUGCUCCGGUGGGAUGUUCCAGAACCAGGGCUGGGUCGGUUUUGGGCAUGUGGGACUCCACAGCAGCUCUGGUCCCUCCGGAGCUCUGCGCUGCCCGCCUGGGACACGAGCCCAUUGCUCUGGGGAUGCUGUUGUGAUUUCUUCUCAUGUGGAGCCCCAGCACAGCAGCCCCGGGUUCAAGAGUGACGUGCGUUGCAUUCCCGGGACCAUUGUGGCCUUAACUCCCAGCGCUGCCCCGCACACCUGAGCCGCCCCACGGCGCUGCUCAUAGCACAAGGAACACGGCCGGGGGCUCUGGAGCUGCUCCACAGUUAAGUUCGUGUCCAUCAGGGCAGGCAGCGGGCUCAGAGCACAUCCCUAACUCCAGCGGGGCAACAGCCCCAGGCUUUGUACCCUGCAGCGCCUUUCCAAAGGGAGAGGGAGCCAGAGUAGGGGCUGGAUCUGCCUCCUUUUACCCUGGUCUGGGCUCUCCUGGGGGCGAGGGCAGGAAUCCUGCCCUUGGGGUCAGAGCUGCCUGCAGCCCUGCCCUGGGUUUGGCAUCGCUGAGCCACCUGCGCAAACAGAAAGGACCAAAGAUGCUCCUGACAUUCCUUGGGGAACGGUGAGGGCUGUGGGCAGCCUUGAGCCGGGCUGGAAGCUGGCAGGAGCUGCAGCGCCUCGGACUGGGGUGGAGAGACCAGAG